GAGAAAAUCACGCCAAGAAUGACGGAAGUUCAGCUGCAAAUGGGGCUCCAGGAGGGAGUUACGUACCCCAUUAAGGUGCAAUACUGUGGAAAUUGCUCAAUGCCAAUAGAGUACUGCGAAUACUAUCCGGAAUAUGAAAAAUGCAAGGCGUGGCUGGAGAAGAAUCUUCCCAGUGAAUUUGAGAAAGUCAAGAUUGAUGACACAGCCGAGGCUACCUCAACAAAUGCCACAGAUGACGACAAGAAGAGGCAGAAGCGUGGCGGGAAGGGUAUGAUGAAGACAAAGAAGAAGGACGAUGGUCCAAAGAAAAUCUGCGUUUUUCGAGCACCCCGUGGGAAAAAGAAGUCAGUGACUGUUGUCACGGGAUUGAGCACCUUUGGGCUAGAUCUCAAGGUAGCAGCUAAAUUUUUCGGCACAAAAUUCGCAUGUGGCUCCUCUGUGACGGGAGACGAUGAAAUUGUGAUUCAGGGGGACGUUAAGGAUGACCUAUUUGAUGUAAUUCCGGAAAAAUGGCCAGAAAUUGAUGAAGACUUCAUUGAGGAUCUCGGGGAUCAAAAACGCUAAGAAUUUUCUGUAUAUACAAAAUGAUAAAAAAUCUUCAAUAAAUAACAUUGUGCAGAGAGUA